AUUUUGUUUCCCUGUUUGGAUGGUGCCACGAUGCUGUGGCAGCCUGUCAAUCUGACAGAAGCGUGUCCUGCCCAGGCACAGCUGUCUUCUUGUACACCCUUCGGCUUCAUUUUCCUGAACCUAGUGGCCCAGCUCUACGGAGGAUCGUAUGACGCGAGGGUUCAGGCAAGGAGAGAAAGGGGACAAUGCUAUAAUGAUGAGAUUGAACCGAGAGAAGAGUAUGAUUUUAUAGUGGUGGGCGCUGGUUCCGCAGGAUGCGUUGUCGCUAAUCGAUUAUCUGCUGUCGAAGAUUGGAAGGUUCUGCUGUUAGAAGCUGGAAUAGAACAGCCAGACGUAACCCUGGUGCCUGGCCUGGCGACGACCCUGCUAGGGUCUAACAUCGACUGGAGCUAUGAAACGGAACCCAACGGCAAGAGUUGCCUGGCACGCCCCGGACAAUCCUGUGGAUGGCCCAGGGGAAAAGUAAUGGGUGGAUCGAGUUCCAUCAACUCUCUAGCGUACGUCCGUGGUAGCAAGGAGGACUACGACGAAUGGGCAGCCAUGGGUAACGACGGAUGGAGUUACGAAGAUGUACUGCCAUACUUUAAGAAAUCUGAGAGGAAUCUCAACAUAGAGGGACUCAACCGAAGGUAUCACGGCGUCGACGGAGAACAGUAUGUUUCCAGAUACCCAAACGUUGAUAAACCAGCCAUAAUGAUGAUUGAUGCAUUCCACGAAGGAGGCGUGCCUAUUGGAGACUUCAAUGGAGCCCAUAGUGAAACUACAAUGUACUCGCAAUCAACAUCUAAGGAUGGACAACGUGUGUCUACAAAUAAUGCUUUCAUACAACCAAUCAGAUAUAAGAGGAAGAAUUUAACGGUCAAGUCUGAAGCCGAAGUCACAAAAAUACUGAUAAACAAACAAAACGCAGCGUUCGGUGUCAGGUAUACACUGAACGGUAAGGUCCACACAGCGUAUGCUAAGAAAGAGGUCAUAAUAAGUGCUGGCAGUAUAAACUCUCCAAAGUUACUCAUGUUAUCAGGUAUUGGCCCUAGGGAACAUUUGGAAGAGCUAAACAUUCCUGUUAAGAAGGAUCUAGCUGUCGGUGAGAAUUUGCACGAUCACGUCACCUUCAAUGGUAUCUUAGUAGUUUUACCGAACGGUACAGACACUAGAGUCGGUAACGAAGAAGUUUUGGAAGAUUUGUAUGAAUAUCGUGAAAUGGAACACAAACAUGGACCUCUUUCGAGCAAUGGCCCCAUUAGUGCUAUAGCAUUUAUAAAGACUGAACCUGAUUUACCAGCACCUGAUAUUCAAUAUCAAAUAGAUCGAGGCUUUUUAAAAGAAUUUGUUCGUCAGCCAGCACUCUAUGACGAAGUUGUAAUAUAUCCUUCAUCGUACUACGACGCUCUUAUACCUAGAACAAUGAAUUUAGUUCCUAAGAGUAGAGGGAAACUGUUACUGAACCCAAAGAAUCCGAACGGUAAGCCUUUGAUAUACGCCAAUUACUUCGAUGACCCGACUGAUAUUAUACCCAUAGUCAAAGGUGUCAAGUUCCUUAUCGGUUUGGAGAAAACUAGAGCGUUCAGAUCUAUGGGGGCGUAUUUUGAAAAAACUCCGUUGAAAGCGUGUAAGAACUAUGAGUGGGGUACUGAUAGAUAUAUCGAAUGCUUGGCGAGAUCUUACACGUCGACGACGUAUCAUCCUGUGGGGACAUGUAAAAUGGGUCCUAUAUGGGAUGAGAAGGCUGUGGUGGACCCAAGACUGCGAGUUUACGGUAUAUCAAACUUGAGGGUUAUAGAUUCAUCUAUCAUGCCUAUUGUCAACAGGGGCAACACAAACGCUCCGUCCAUAAUGAUAGGAGAGCGAGGCGUCGCCUUUAUAUUAGAAGACUGGUUAAAAGAUCGGGAAUGUGAUAUUAAUUAUAUAACUAAUUAUUAUAUAACUAAUUUAGUCUACUGGUUAUUAUUAUUGUUGAUAUUAUAA